CGCGUCGAGGAGCGCGCGGCCGCGGCCGUCCCCUCCCCCCACCCCUCGCCGCGCACGCCGGGAACCCGUCUCCGCGGCUGCUUCGGCUGCGGCGGUCGGUAGUCGCGAUGGACUCUCCGUGGAAUGAGCUGACCCUUGCCUUUUCUCGCACUUCCAUGUUCCCCUUUUUUGAUAUCGCCCACUACCUGGUGUCGGUGAUGGCGCUGAAGCAUCAGCCGGGAGCAGCAGCGCUGGCAUGGAAGAAUCCUCUGUCAAGCUGGUUUACUGCUAUGCUCCACUGCUUUGGUGGAGGAAUUUUAUCCUGUGUACUGCUUGCAGAGCCUCCACUUAGGUUUCUUGCAAACAACACUAAUAUAUUACUGGCAUCUUCAAUCUGGUAUAUUGCAUUUUUUUGCCCAUAUGACCUAAUUUCCCAGGGAUACUCAUUCCUACCUGUUCAACUGUUGGCUGCGGGAAUGAAGGAAGUGACCAGAACUUGGAAAAUAGUAGGUGGAGUCACACAUGCUAAUAGCUAUUACAAAAAUGGCUGGAUAGUCAUGAUAGCUAUUGGAUGGGCCCGAGGUGCAGGUGGUAGCAUUAUCACGAAUUUUGAGCAGCUGGUAAAAGGAUGUUGGAAACCAGAAGCUGAGGAAUGGCUGAAGAUGUCCUACCCUGCCAAGGUAACCCUGCUGGGAUCAGUUAUCUUCACAUUCCAGCAAACCAAGCAUUUGGCAAUAUCAAAGCAUAAUCUUAUGUUCCUCUUUACUGUGUUUCUUGUGGCCACGAAGAUAACCAUGAUGAUUACAGAGACUGCUUUUAUGCCUUUUGCUUGUUUUGAAGAUACAUUGAGUCGGAUGCUGUUUGGCUGGCAGCAGCAGUUUUCACCAUUUGAAAAGAAAAGUGAAACAAAAUCAUCUUUCAAUGGUACUGGUUCAUCUACCUCAAAACCUGUAGCUAACGCUUCAGAUAAAGUUAAAAAGAAACAUAGUAAGAAGACUGAGUAAAUUUACUCGAUGAGCUUUAGAAAGCAAAAAAUUUUCUUUUUCUUAUCUACCUGUGAGAUUGUGAUAAAUAUUUCUUGUAAAUGAUGUAAAUAAAGAUGAUAAGGAUUGGAGGUGACAAAAAGAAAGAACUUUCUGUUUCGGGGAGACUGUCCCUUCCUGGAUUGUAAUUUCCUGAGUGUUAUGAGUAUAUCAUGUGAAAUUGUUUUUCUAAGUUAUAUAUAAAAGAUUCUAUUGUGAUUUUUAAAAGUUUUAUAUGGAUAAAACAAGGCUGGAUUUUUAAAAAAUGUUAGAAAAAGUAAACCUAUUGUCAUUGCAAAAUAACAAAAAUUCUUAUUGUUUAAAUAUUUUCAUAAAUUUUUAUUUGAAUCUAUUUGAGUUUUAGUUCAGCAAAAUUAAACUUUUAUUUCACAGUACCAUUAUAAUUCCUAGUAUGAAAAACAGUUCUUAUUUAAUUUUGAGUGCUGGGAAGAGUAAACUUUACUAAAUCACUUUAUAUUAUGAAUGAAAAUAAAUUACUAGUUUAUAUCUCAGAAAUGAACAUUGUAUUUUUUUCCCACAUUAAAUGGAAAUAUCUGAAAUUUAAUUGUUUUCUCCUAGCAUUUUUCAGUGAGAAUAGAACAUUAUUAGUCUUAAUUUUAAGUGUGUUUCUUGUACUAUUUCUUUUUUCUCAAAAGAAAAUCAGGGGCAUAAUUUUUAAUAAGUUACCCAGCCCAUGUUUUGCUUUGUAAGUUUUGAGGAGCUUAUUUUUUUCUCUGUCCUUAAAACACAUUUGUCUUAACUGGGAGAAAUUCUUCGGAGCAUUUCGUAUAUUCUUGAGGAUUAUUUAAAUUAAAAAAUUUACCCUAAUGUUUCCUUCCUUAUGAGUACUUCUCAGUUUUCUAGCUGAAUGUCUCUUACUAGUUUUACCUAUGUUUGUUAUGUUUUAAUGUACAUGUUCAUAUAUUACUAAUCUUAUUUUACAUUAAAACUAGUUACCCUUACGUGUAAAUACUCAGCUCUAAUGCGAAUUGUCCUGGGGCAUUUGACAGCAACCGGCUAAUUAAGAAGAAACAAACUAAAAUCUUGUAUGGUGGAAGUCUACUUGAGUAAAGAAUGAUGAUGUUACAUUUUGUACCUUAUUGGCAAAAAUAAUUAUAAUGAUAUAAUAAUAAGUAGAAAAGUUAUUAAAUAAUGUUAAACUUUACUUUAUAGUUUAAAAUUCCAGUUAUAAUUUUAAAAACUCUGUGACUGACAUGAUUUCUUCUGCUAAGACCAUGAGCCUGCAUAGAGUUAGUAUGUAUCAGGCAUUUUUGGAUGACAUAGAAAUAUUCAAAUCAUAUUCAAUUUGGAAGUCUUGGUUUUUAAAAUUAAAAAAAAAAAAACACUAGCAGGUACUAUACUUUUACUUGCUAAGAAAGGUUUUUUUUGAGGGGGGAGGACCUUUGAUAGCUUUGGAAUUAUCAGAAGUUAAUUUUUUAAUAUUCUGACAAAAGUCAUUAAAUAUUUAAGGGGUUCUAUAUUAUAUUUGAUAGUUUUAUAGUUAAAAACUUUUCAGAAUUAAAAUGUUGCUAAUUACUGGCUUAGUUUUGAAGUUUGGGUUUAACUGUAAUUGAAAUGGCAGGAAUCUUAUUUUACACAUGUAUUAAAGAUAAACUUAUUGCAAUAAAUUAUUUAGUACCAAUGG